AUGAACUACUGCAAGUGUGCAUGGUUGGGUGCGUCCCGCCAACCACCAUUCGCAGCCGCGCAGCAACUCCCGCAUCAGCUGUGUUACGAGGAUCCGCUUGCUUGCUUGGUCCGGGCAGAAAAAAAAGGAAAGCAAGUACAGCUAGGCAUCCGGAGCACAGAGGAACUUGCAUCCGCAUCUGUGAGGGACAGGUACGGCAGCAUAUCAAUCGCUGGGCCCUCUUGUGGAUCCCGUCGCGCACAAAUGGCUUGGCUCACCGGCAUCUCUUUGCUCCUGAAUGGUCCUCGUUGGAUCGCUGCAAGAGAACUACCGUUCGGAAUAACCAUGGAAAACACAGACCAUUACGUCUUCUCUUAUCGUUACGGCCGCCGAGUGUUGAAGUUUGGGGCUGAGAAAGAGGCCAUGUGGAGCACUUGGAAGAAAAUGCGGGAUUUCGAGGCCACUAUGGUAAUUAUUGUUAUUCUUAUUAUACAUCCGUUGGACACACAGUUAUCGCUCCUCUCAUUGUUUGUGUCCGACCGACAGGCUCGACCGUGCAGUGAAUCGAAGGCUAAUUCCAUACGCACACGCACACAGCCUGGGGCGAAGGAAGUACGGAGACUAAAGGUAGCAACAUCGGAGUUCCUAAAUAGGUAGGUAAGUGCCAACCAGAGUUCGGAGAUCGCUAUGACAAACGAUGAUUGGAGGACCAGCAACGCAGCCUUGAAUCCCAUGGAUCCAGAAAUGUUAGAGCUGAAACUGGAGGGCGGUUCCUGAAAGGGGGAAAAGGGUGCGGUUAUCUCUGGACCAAGACAGCCGAGGUUCUCACUUCCGCAUUGUGGGAGUAAUUGCAAAGGAGCGAAGCGCAUACCAAACCAAUUUCUUUGAACAAGAUAACUCACUGAUCUUGUGGGUACAAAAAUUUUAGCACGAUUCUGGAUGCAUAUUUUUCAUAUUUACC